GCGAGUAAAUUAGAGUGAGCGAAAUCGAGUUAGAUCCAUAUUUGAUUUGUGUGUUGGGGAUGAAUAUGGAGGAGCAUGAAUCGGAGAAGGUGGAGAUCGUUCUCAAAACUAUUGGUCCUACUCGCCCUUCUCGCCUCCUCGUUCCCGCUUCCAUUAAGGUGCGUGAUUUGAGAAAAUUAAUUGCUGGGAAUGAUAGUUUACCGAUUGAUAACUUGAGUCUUAUUCUACAUGGAAGUGCAUUGUGUGACUUGAAAAAUGGAGAUGAUGUAUACUUACAGCUUAAUGAUGGAGAUUGCUUGAUUGUUGCUGUUAAACCAAAGCCACCAGUAAAGGAUGGACAUGACAAUGAUGAUGACGAUGAAGAUCUGAAGUUUCGGCUUCCUCACUCAUCAAGUUGGUGGAAGAAGAGGCUAUACUCUUUUCUACACGAUAACUUGAAGCUUCCAGAUAUCCUUUUGAUGGUAAUUUUCACUCUCAGUCUGAAGGCAUGGGCUCUCAUAAUUAUGUGGUUUAUCCUGGCUCCCAUCGCCCAUAGAUGGGAUCUCGGACCUUUGUAUAUACUUGCAACUGGGUUUUGUCUUGUUCUCUUCAAUCUUGGAAAGCGCCAAGCUGGUGAUAUCAGUGCAUAUUCUAUCUUCAAUGAAGACUUUAGAGAGCUUCCAGGGACGCUUAAUGCAGAUCGGCUUGAUAGAGAUAUAAGAGCAGGACAGUUUUGAGCCCUUCUACACUCCUUCCAAUCAUCCUAAUACUGAUGUCAAAGUCACAUGAUGUAUAUGUGCACAAUCACAAGGAGAUAUUGACUAGCCAAAGAGUUAACAACCACAUUACCUUCUUAGCUAUGUAUUGCAGCCCAGCCCCAGAACCAAUGAAAAUGACUAGUUUUCUACUAUAGCCAUGCCAGCCAUGUAUAUAUCAUCAUAGUACGAUGUAUUAAUAUGUUUGAAAUGAACAUGUUUUAUUGUGAUUACUGCAUCUGUUCUCUGGUACCGAGGUUCCUGUCUGAGUUUCAGAGUUUUCCCUUUCGGUGCCCCGCGAAGCCUUGGGACAUGAAUGCAGAGGCUUGUCAGGAUUCAAAAGUUGACAGCGUUAUUUGAAUACUUUGUAGCUUUAUAUUAAUCUACCUUUGUACUAAUCUGUUACUUUUUAACAGAAACAUUAUAAAAUCUUUUCAAAAAGUUACAAAUUUUAUAUUAGAAGUUAUAAUA